AUGAAGAAAACAUUUGCUCGACUUAUAAUAAAUCUACUGGUAUCUGAUUGGCUGCAAAGUCUAGGAUUUAUGAUGAGCUAUUAUUGGAUUGUAAAGGGAAAAAUAGUUGAGGGUACAUGGUGCAAUGUUCAAGGAGCAAUUAUUAAUCUCGGAGAUGUUGCUUCUGGAUUUUGGGCAACUUCUAUUUGUCUUCACACAUUUUUCUCGGUAAUCAAAGGAUAUGAGCCAAGAAACUAUCUUGAGAUUUCGAUGGCGAUUAUUUGGCCAUUAAACGUAUUCAUAUCAUUGAUAGGAUUCGUGAUUCAAAAUCGACUACACGGAAACAGCUAUUCCUUUUAUGGGUCAGCAGGGGGAUCAUGGUGUUGGAUCAAUCAAGAAUUUAACGAGUAUCGUGUAAUUCUCCAUUACGGUAUCGUGACUAUUCUUGCAUCCAUAAUGAUUUUUUUGUAUGGAUGGAUGCUGCUGGUUAUUCAUCGACAACAACAAGAGAUUGCCGUAAUCAAAUUCGAAGAGACGAGAAAAAUUUUACAGAAAACGAGGAAAAAGUUUAUUUAUUAUCCAGUCGUUUAUCUUGUCUUGGUGUUACCUUUGGCGCUGGAACGAUAUUUGGCGAUUUCUGGGAUAACUUUACCUUUCACAUAUUUAAUAGUAGCCGGCUGUAUAUUUGCCUCAGCCGGUACUGUCAACGCAGCAAUCUACGGAUUUACUCGUAAUCUUGUCAGCAUAAACUCAUUCUUGGUAUUUCUAAAAAUCGGGGAAGAAAAAGGAUGA